AAUAAUUUAGAAUAAUACUACAUCAACAGAAAAAAAAUGUUUUUACUGCUUUUUGUGGGACAUUUCUUAUUGGUAUGCCAAGUGAAUUCUAAUCGCAGCGGAGCGCCUGGUACAUCAUGUGUUGAUAUGAUGCCUCGUCACAAUAAUGUUAGCGGCAGUGGGAUUAUCGAAGGACAACCAGCAGCGUCAUCUCCUUACACUAUUGCUGUGAAUACAAAUACAUACAGUGCCGGUGCGGCGGUACAAGUGGUUAUAAACGACAACAGAAACCUAGGAUUCAAAGGCAUAUUGCUACAAGCCCGGAACCCGGGAGGUAGCGUACCACUUGGGACAUGGACCAAUCUUCCAGCAAAUACAAAAGCUCUAACCUGUACCGCUGAAUCUGAUUCAGUGACACACUCCAACACAAACCAAAAACAAAGCGGAACAAUGUUUAGUUGGAUUGCACCUAACAAAAACGUCGGCCAAGUGCAAUUCUUAGCCACAGUGGCAGAGACAAGGAAAACUUUCUGGGUGAAGUUGGUAUCAGACAAAACCAUUACCUACAGCUCUGGGUGCAACUUGCGAAUGCACGGAUUGUAUACUGCUAUAGCUUCUGUUAUCGCCAUGAUAGUUUCCAUGUAAAUUAAAAGAGGGUACAGAACCGUGUGAUUUCUUGC